CGAUCUGUUCCUCACUUCCAUUCUCCCUCCCGCGAGCCGAAGCCUCCUCCUUCUCCGUCCCACCACCUUCAGUUUAUAGCCCACGAUGGCCAGCAAGGAGCAGCAGCAGCCCAGCGCCAAGGCCGAGCAGCGCGCCAAGCUCGUGCGCCGCAACUCGCGCGUGACGGUGGACCAGCUCCUGCGCGAGGCCUUCGCCCGCGUGGACGUCGACAUGGACGGCAAGGUGGACGCGCUGGACAUCCAGCGCGGCCUGCGCGUGGCCGGCGUCAAGCUGUCGGCGGACGACGUGGGCGAGCUCAUGAAGCGCCUGGACCCCAAGAACCAGGGCCAGCUCACGUACGAGGACUUCCACGCCGUGCACGAGGAGCUCAUCCUGCAGACCUUCCGCUCGUUCGACAAGGAGAACAAGGGCUACCUCGUGGACGAGGACCUGCAGAACGGCCUGCAGGCGCUGGGCGUGACCGUCACGCUGCAGGAGGCCACCCACAUGAUCAAGCAGCUGCACCCGCGCGACGCCCACUGCGUGCACGAGGCCGACUUCAAGCACCUGUACCUGCUGCUGCGCUCCAAGAUGGCGUCCCCCACGGCGCUCGAGAGGUUCCUGUGGGACCCGGAUGUCCGCCAGCUCUCCAAGAACUGGUGGAAGGCCAGCGUCGAGGUGGGCGAGGGCGGUCUGCGCGCCCCGUUGCCGGCCGACAAGGACGGCCAGGUCAAGAAGGUGUCGCCCAGCGUCAAGUUCUUCGGCGGAGCGCUUUCCGGCGUCAUUGAGGCGCUGAUCCUCACGCCGCUGGACGUGACCAAGACCCGCAUGCAGCUGGACAAGACCGGCCAGUACCGCGGCAUGAUCGACUGCGGCAAGAAGCUGGUCGCGGCCGAGGGCCCCAAGGGCCUGUUCAAGGGCUUCACGCCCUGGACCGUGCACGUCGUGCUCAAGAACGGCACGCGCUUCUACUUCAACGCCAUCUUCCGCCGCAUGCUGUCGGACAAGAACGGCCAGGUGAGCGGCGCCAACGAGUUCGUCGCUGGCGCGCUUGCUGGCGCCACCGAGGCCGUGCUGAUCGUGACGCCGUUCGAGGUAAUCAAGACGCGUCUGCAGGGCCAGAACAUCAUCAAGGGCGAGAUCCCCAAGUACCGCGGCCCCGUGCACACCGCCGUCACUGUGGUCAAGCACGAGGGCCCGCUUGCGCUGUGGAAGGGUCUGGCCCCGACGAUCGGCCGCCAGGGUCUGAACCAGGCCUGCAGCUUCUGGUCCAACAACUUUAUCAAGAAGCACGUGUGGAAGCUCCAGGACGGCGACUCGCUGCCGGCGUGGAAGAGCGGUCUCACGGGUAUGAUCGGCGCCAUCCCCGGCCCGUGCAUCAACUGCCCCAUGGACGUGGUCAAGACGCGUCUCAUGGCGCAGGAGGCCGCGGCGGGCGCGGGCGGCAAGUACAAGGGAAUGGUGGACGCCAUGGUCGUGAUCGCCAAGGAGGAGGGCGUCAGCGCGCUGUACAAGGGCCUCGUGCCGCGUCUCGCGCGUCUGUGCCCGUCCUACGGUAUCCAGUGGCUCGUCAUGGACCAGGUCACCGAGUACUUCUCCAAAAACUAA